AUGUCCAUACAUUUUUUAUCACUAAAACAAGAACAUAUGAAAUCACAAAAUCAGAAGCUAUAUGAUAUAAGAAGUCGUGAUGAUGUAAAAGAUAUGAUGAUAGAAAAAGCGUAUAGAAGCUAUGAGCAUAGUGAAGUUGUAAAGAUAAACGAUACGAAGCCAGAAGAUAUGUAA